UGCUUGCACUGUCAAAAUGACAGAAAAGGGACGAUUCGGCUAUUUCCAACUUGCUAAGAAAAAGGUUAGCGAUUUACUUAUGUACAUCGAGCCGGAUUUUCUUUUCCGUUUAGCAAAAGUAUAGAACGCGCAAGAUAAUUACCGAACAGUGUAGGAAAAUGUCACCCAAACAUAGAAGCGGGGGCUGGUUGCUGCUGCUGGCUACGAUUUGUAAUUUUGGUAUUCUAGUGCUCACUGAGCUACCCCGUCCUAGGGGAGUUUCUAUCGCCCAAGCUAGUCUGUACGAAGACCGCACCGGUAGCGGGCAGUUUGUAUGUCUCGAUGGUAAAAAGAUAAUACACCGGGAGAACAUCAACGACGAUUACUGCGAUUGCGACGAUGGUAGUGACGAGCCGGGUACGGCCGCUUGUCCGAGUGGCAUCUUUCACUGCACUAAUGCCGGCUACAAGCAACUCAACAUCCCCAGUUCAAGAGUAAACGACGGAAUCUGUGAUUGCUGCGAUGCCUCGGACGAGUAUGCUUCGCAGGCGAACUGUGCGAACACAUGCAGCGAACUUGGCAAGGAAGAUCGAAUGCGUGAAAAGCAACGUAGCGAGAUGCUCAAGACGGGCAACCAGCUAAGGUUGGAAAUGAGCCAGCGAGGACGCUCACUGAAGGAUGAACAGCGGGCCCGGCUGGCCGAUCUCGACAAGAAUCGUGCCGAGGCGGAAGCAUUGAAACAGGAGAAGGCAACAUUGAAAACAGAAGCGGAGGAGUUGGAAAAUGCGGCCCUGAAGGUAUACCGAGACCGUGAGGAGGAAUCGAAAAAAAUGAAGGAAGAGGCCGACGCUGUGAACAAUCGCGACGAAGCGGAAGAAACAUUCCGGAAAUAUGAUUCUAAUCAGAAUCAAAUGCUCGAGCUUGUCGAACUGCAAACGAGGAUCGUUUUCGAUCGCAAUCGGGACGGUGCGGUAACGGAGGAUGAAGCUCGCUUUUUCCUAGACGAGCGAGAUCAGGUGGACUUCGAAACAUUCGUAACCUUGUGUUGGCCGCGUAUCAAACCUUUCCUUAUGAUGGAUUCCGGGCUAUUUAAACCGCCUGGUGAAGAGCCCCAAGGCACAGCAGAAGAAACGGAGGAAGCGGAGUUGCAAUCCGAUACCUACGAACUGGAAGGUAGCGAACAUGAUCCAGCCGUAAAAGAUGCCUCCUACGUGGAGGAAGGCUAUCUACCGCACAACGGGGAGGAGGAAGACGAAGAUACGAUGGACGAGCAGGAGGAAGAUGACGGGGAGGAUGUUGGCGAAGGAGAGGUCGAACGGGCAGGCGGAGGCGAAAAGCCACCAGUUGAAUAUGAUCCGGCGACACAGGAACUGAUUAAUAAGGCGAACGAGGCGCGUAACCAGUACACAGAAGCGGAUCGUCAUGUAAGAGAGAUGGAACAGGAAAUUCGCAGCAUUAAGGAGCUGCUGGAGAAGGAUUACGGCAAGGAUGAAGAGUUUGCUGCCUUAAAUGGAGAAUGUUUCAACUUCGAGGAUCGUGAGUACGUGUACAAACUAUGUCCGUUUGACAAGGCGAUCCAGCAGCCUCGAAAUGGUGGAGCCGAAACAAGAUUAGGAACCUGGGACCGAUGGAACGGACCGGGUGACUACAGUGCGAUGAUAUAUUCGAACGGAGCACCUUGCUGGAAUGGACCUCAGCGAUCUGCUGUGGUGCAUUUGGAAUGUGGCCUCGACACCAGGGUACUAUCCGUCACAGAGCCGAACCGUUGUGAAUACGAGUAUCGCAUGCAAACACCGGCAGCUUGCUUAUAUCAAGAAGAGCAAUCGAACGGUUCCAAAGAAGCGCACGACGAGCUAUAGGGUUAAACAAUCCACACAGCAGCAGCGUUGGUGAUAUCGAUGGAGCGAUGUUCUCAUCAAAAUCCAUCGGUUCACGAUGCUGGGUUGUAAUGCCAAUAAUCGGUCCCGCUUAUCGAAUCAACAUUCCCACGCUGGUGGUACUGAGGGUCCGCAUUAGCGAAAGAAUGUAAUCCGUUUAUUUUAGUGAGUGGUAUGGUACGGAAGACAAAAAUGACUGACAACACGUGUUUGACGUGCAGGUAAUAUAAAAUUCUUCAUGGAGCAAUUCAAACGACGAGGUUUGUUCAAUACACCCCUCCAGCAAAGGACACAGCUUCAAGGAGUCGGUGUUUUGUAGGGAAAACUAUGUUCAUAAUCUCGUGGGAUCAGUAAAAAUCAGUCAUUCCAAUUCUCAGGUCAAGUGAAGUAUGAGGGUGAAAUAUACAGAUGACAAACUUUCAGAUAAAACAAGUCCAAACCAAGCAGAUAGUGAUAGCGGAUAUGUUGUGCCCACCCGUGAACUUCUGAAAUUCAUUAUUAUUGAUCUAAAAACAAGAGUAAGUGUCUCGGCUAAUAAAACAAAAAUGUGUAAAAUA